AUUAUAAGUGAGGGCAAACAUGCAGCAGAGGAAAGGAUGUGGUGGAAGGCAAAGCUUAGCCCGCCAUCUUUGUUGAGGUCAAAACAGACCCUUCCCAACAGAGGCGAUAAAAAGGGGUGAGGAGGAGUUCUUCAACCAACUCUCCAACGUUGGUAACAGAGCAAGGCAGAGAUAGAAACUGAGGCCUCCACACCUCCAACCACCGUCAUGGUUUCUAUUUCAUUCUCUCUGGAGCUUGUUACUAUCCCUUUUCCAGCCCGGGAGCUCUGCGUGCCUUCUCUGCACAUCAAUAUGCACAUUGAAAAUAUUGGGCCAGUUCAACCAGUCUGGUGUAGGAAAGAAAAACAAGCCGUCUCUAAGGAAGAAAACAAAGGAGAGAUCCGGGAAGAGGUCAUCUAAGGGCAGGGAAAAAGCUGAACACAAAAUAUUGAAAAAACCGGUUGAAUCGCAGCAAGAAAGUCUCGGGUGAGAGACCUAGUAGGACUUCCUGAUUUCAGUUCCGUCUAGUAAAUUGAGCAUAAGGAAAAGGCAGCCGUGAAUUUAAGGAAGUACCGGAAGUGUGAGACUAGCUUUUUCUUCAGGCCCGGACAAGCCUCACCUCCAACACACAGCCCACCGGGUCCUCCUCGAGCCACCGAAAAGUCGGCAUGAGGCCAGAGAGUCACCACGCGACUCCUCCGGCUAACCCCAAGCAUGUCUCUCGUUCUCCCUGAAGAAUAUAGAGAGCAGGGACUGGGAAAGGCUAGAGAGGCUCUCUGCGUCCCGGCCCUUUCCUCAGGCUGGUUUCUCUUUGGUUCUGGAAGCCUCGGUUUAGUCGGUCUUCCAACAUACCAUAGAGAACCACAAAUUGUGGUAGAGCGUCGCGUCGCGCCCAUAUGACGUCCCAGCACACCACAGAGACGCCAGUUCUGGCUAGAGUGUCCUGUGUUGCGUCACGGGUGCGUCUCGCAGGCCGCUCUUUCCCCGCCCACUCCGGCGCGGUUCCGUCUUUCUGGACCUGGCUGAGCAAGAGGCGCCAUCAUGGGUGUUGACAUUCGCCACAACAAGGACCGAAAGGUUCGGCGCAAGGAGCCCAAGAGCCAGGAUAUCUACUUGCGGCUGCUAGUCAAGCUGUACAGAUUUCUGGCCAGACGGACCAACUCUACCUUCAAUCAGGUUGUGCUGAAGAGGUUGUUCAUGAGCCGCACCAACCGGCCACCUCUGUCCCUGUCCCGGAUGAUCCGAAAGAUGAAGCUUCCUGGCCGGGAGAACAAGACCGCUGUGGUUGUGGGGACGGUCACAGAUGAUGUGCGGAUUCUGGAAGUGCCCAAGCUGAAGGUGUGUGCACUGCGGGUGACCAGCCGGGCCCGAAGUCGCAUCCUCAAGGCUGGGGGUAAGAUCCUCACCUUUGACCAGCUGGCUCUGGAGUCUCCCAAGGGCCGAGGCACUGUGCUCCUGUCUGGUCCUCGGAAGGGCAGAGAGGUGUACCGGCAUUUUGGCAAGGCUCCAGGAACCCCACACAGCCACACCAAACCCUAUGUCCGUUCCAAGGGCCGGAAGUUCGAGCGUGCCAGAGGCCGAAGGGCCAGCCGAGGCUACAAAAACUAAGUUUGGAUCUCCCUGUUAAUAAAAAAGCUUUGGAUGUUAA